CGUCGCGUCAGUAAAACCUCCGAGCAGCAGAAGAAACGAGUCUAUCUGAUGGAGAGGAGACAGUUGAUCACGCAAUAAAAUGCUGAAGUACAUCGAUUUGUUGCUCAGGGUUCGGGAUUUCUGAAGCGGUUUCUCAUCUGCGUCGGUGCUUUGAGUUCCGAGUCUGUGAAAUGUCUGUUGUUUUUGUUCCCAAACGGCAGCGCGGAAAAGCGCAAAUCAACCAGGAGACAAUUCAAAGACUGCUGGAUGAGAACGAUCAGCUGGUGCGAUGCAUCACCGAGUAUCUGCAGAAGGGCCGAGCCGCCGAGUGUGUGCAAUACCAGCAGAUCCUGCACCGCAACAUUGUGUAUUUGGGAACCAUAGCUGAUGCCGGCACAGAGAUCCAGCCGGAGACGCAGACCUCAGACGACACAAAUCGCAUUGGCUGAGAGGAAAGACACUCCAGAUGUCCCUGUUGGCGAACAUUUUUAUGUACAUAAUUUCAUGUUUUUAGUUCAAUGCUUUGUAUAAUAAAUGUAUAAACCACAAUAAACAUGCACUUUUAUAUAAGCAGCAGACAUCCACAGAACAUCUCUGUUUUUGUCACUA